GCAAUUUCGUUUUCAGUGCACCCAUUGUAUCAUGAAGUUGCUCCAAUGGCUGUCGUCUUUGUAAGUUUGUGUCAAAUAACGAGCAAAUUUUCUUCUAGGAUUCAAAUAUCUACUGAAAGAUCAGCAUCAAAUCAUUGAGGGCUAAGAGAGUCUAUAACCCCAGUUGCAAAAACUGUAAAAUGAACUCCUGUAUGUUCAAGGGAAACUAGCGCUCAGUUUAAUCACGAUGAUCUAAUAUAAUUUUUAUAUACCUUCGUUUAUAUAAAUCUACUUGAAAUGUGGUUUACAUUAAUCUGGACAAUAAUUAUCAAGUUUCCAGAAAGAGAUUUUGUAUCAAUCUAACGGCGCUCAUGACUAGUUGAUCUAGUGGCACUUCAUGACUUUUGACUUUAGUGUGGAUUGGAAUCUGCCUAAUUUGUACUCAAAAGUCCAAAACGACUGUAAAUCAUGAAGCUUUAACACCACCUUCAUUACUUAGAACAAAAUUUUCAAUCCCAUUAUCCCAGAUCAAGAUUCAGCCAAGCAAGAGAGCAAUUGUCAUGGACAUGAAGCAUCAUCAUCAUCACUUCCUUCUCAUAUCCUGCCCAGCCCAAGGCCACAUAAACCCUACUCUCCAACUUGCCAAGCGCCUCAUAGGAAUUGGAGGCACACAUGUCACUUAUGCCACCACCAUCCGUGGCCUCACCAAAAUCAAAUCCUUCCCUUCUCUUGAAGGCUUGUCAUAUGCUUCUUUCUCAGAUGGCUUUGAUGAUGGAAUCAAACCAACCAAUGACCCCAAUCUCUUCAUGUCUGAAUUUAAGCUUGUGGGAUCAAAAACACUCAAAGCCUUGAUUGAGAAAAUCUCUACAUCUCAAGAUCACUCAGGCCCUGUCACUUUUCUCAUCUACUCUGUCCUCCUCCCUUGGGCUGCUGAAGUUGCAAGUGAUUGUGGCAUACCAUCUGCUUUUCUCUGCAUACAAUCCACCACCUCCUUUGCACUUUGCCACCAUUACUUCAACCAUUUUCACAACUGCCCUCCAUUUCCAAAUUCUAUGACAAUAGAAGGGUUGCCUCCUUUUGCUCCCACAGAGCUACCUUCCUUUCUCCUACCAACCAGUCCACAUGUUUCAGUCAUCCCUACCUUUCAAGAACACAUCCAAGUCUUGGAACAGGGCAAACCCAACUCCAGUCUUGUGCUACUCAACACUUUUGAUGCCUUAGAAGGGGCAGCAAUCAAAGCUCUCAGAUCAUCAAGCAUGAAUGUGAUUCCAAUUGGACCCUUGGUUAUAACUGGGUUUUGGGAGGAAAAUGAAAACCAAUCCAGUGAUGACGGGUUUCGUUGCGACUUGUUUGACAAAUCUGAGGAUGAUUACCUUCAAUGGCUGGACUCAAAACCAGAUUGCUCAGUUGUUUAUGUGUCAUUUGGGAGCAUGGUGGUGUUAAAGAGAGAUCAGAUUGAAGAGAUGUUGAAUGGACUAGUUGAGAGUGGCCUCCCAGUUUUAUGGGUUAUUCGCUGUGCAGAGAAGGGAGGAGAUCAAGAAGCUCAGAUAAUGAAGAUAAAGAACAGACUGAAAAUCAAAGAACAGGGUUUAGUGGUGCCAUGGUGUUCACAAAUGGAGGUUUUAGGGCACAAGUCAGUGGGGUGUUUUGUGAUGCAUUGUGGGUGGAAUUCAACUGUCGAGAGCUUGGUAGCUGGGGUUCCAAUGGUGGGUUUUGCUCAAUUUUCAGACCAGAACACAAAUGCAAAACUAGUGGAGGAAGUGUGGGGGGUUGGAGUUAGAGCCAAAGAGAAUGAAAAGGGAGUGAUUGAGGGUGCAGAGAUUAAGAGGUGCCUGGAGAUUGUGAUGGGAGAUGGAGAGAGAGGGGAAGAGAUAAGAAGGAAUUGUGAAAAAUGGAAAGGUUUGGCCAAAGAAGCUGUCAAGGAGGGUGGCUCUUCAGAUUACAAUCUCAGGCACUUUAUUGGAGGAUUGGGAUGAAAUGGGGUGCAUGAGAAUAUGCAUGCAUGUCCUCUAUAUAUGUUAGAAAAAAUACUCCAUCCAUAGACUUCUUUGUACUCUGUUUAGAGUCGUGCAUGUAUUUAAGUUAUCUAACUUCCUCAAUGAGAUCAUAUUUUGGUUUUGCCAAACCUAUUAGCAUGUACUUGUAAUUAAGCGGAGAAUUAACGUAAUUGUUUGUCGAUUGGAGUCUAA